AUGUUUGCCCCGGAAAUUGCCGUCAUUUGGUUACACGUGGCCGUUUUUCAAUUACCAGGACUGCGAUGCGAAGCAAAUUACCUGCAAUUUGCCAUUGGGUGGACAUGGGAUCGUAAGCCAGUCGUGGAUCACGAGAAGAUAAAUGUGACCAUCAGUCCAGGCCCGGAUCACAGCAAGUACACCGUGGAUGUGAAGUUUUCUGGCCCGAUUUUGAAGCGAGAUCCCCAACCGGACGAUGCUCAGAAGGGAGCCCCGUAUCCUUGGAUAACGGAGUACGAGUGUGCACAAGCGUUUUUUGCCAACGAAGAGGGACGAUAUCUGCAGGUGAUCAUGGAUCCGUAUGGCUCAUAUCAGAUAUUGUUACAUGACGGUUACCGGGCAGAGAAGUCUUACCUGCGGGCUGCGAGUUCCCUGAAAGCCAACGGAAGUUGGUGGGAGGGGAAGCUGACGAUACCCGUCACCUACUUUCCCCCACGGGUAACGAAAUUCAACGCAGCUGCCGAGCACGGGCAACCCCUGGGUAAUCGGUCUUUUGAAGUGCUUCAUCCGCAAGACCCCGACAAGCACCCAUACCCUGACGCUCACGUCGUGCAGUACUUUCAGACCAUUAACUUCUAUGAAGUCUGUCCUGGGAAUAGAGAGGCUGAGUAUUCGAUGUAUUGGCUGGAUGUAAUGUCGGCUGGGUCAUCCAUCACCGUCAGUGUCGCGUACCUUAUCGUUAUUGAAGUCGCUGUCAAGUGCGUGGGUCGCAUUCUGUCUUGAUCACUGUUGGAAUUCUUGAAAGAAUAUUCUCGAUAUCGCGAAAUAUGCCUUCUUGCUGUAUAUGAAUGCUUCCGAGCGUGACGCGUGCAAAUUUUCAUGAGAAAUACACGCUACGACGUAAUUGAAAUUUGGAUUUUUUACGCGGAAGCACGUCCUGUAAGAACGCUUUCGCUUCGACGGCAAAUGCAAUUUCAACGAUUUGUGCCUGGAAUGUGAGAUUCUUCGACUGGAAACGUUCAUGUUUCUUUGGAAUUUUGAGCUGCCCUUGUGUAGUGUUCGCUAUUACCUCUUUAUGAACUGGGGAAGGAAUGUGCGCGAGCAAGGGCGAAUGUCUCGUACGAACCUAUGUUGAUCAAUUGUUUCCCAUGCUGAAAAGUAAUUCGAGGCAUGUGAGAUCGUUCGCAAAAUUUCCAUGCGAUGUGUUAGCAUAGCCAGAAUUUACGGUGCCUAUCUUGCGGAAUGUGCGGACAAUUUCUAAAAUCGUCAACUGUCGCGGGUCCCCACUACUCUUCUAUGUACCCUGCCGCUACCUUCCUAUUGCACGCACGUUGGCGUUGCCGUUCGUGGUCCACCCCAGGUUCCUGAUUAUUUUUUUCCGUGAUAUUGUAAAGGCGGCCUUGGACUACCACCUGAGCGAAGGACGGUUGAAAAUGCUGAGGUCCGCCAAAUUUCACCCUGAAUUGUUCGCCAUUUUGAGGUGGUCGAACCUUGGGUCCCUUUCCCCCCUCCCCUCCCUGCUCCCCUCCGCGGUCCGUUAUUGAAUGCUCGGAGGGUCGAUUGGCAUUUAUUCCGUUGGUGACAGUGGCAGUGUAGGGAUGUCGGUUGAGUGCCCAAAAUCUCUGUUGGAUGAUUUCAAGGAACCAUUGCGUUCCCUUUGCUGCUGCAGCUUUCUGGUGCCAUUUCAUGGCCAUAAAGCUACUUCAGCAAAGCCGAUGCGAUUGUUCCAGCGACUGAGUGGAUGCGUUUGUGAGAAAAAGGAGUGUGAAUGGUUCGGCGCGCUGAAUCUUUUCGGUGUCACGCGAAGCUCGAGGACCGUAGCACCAAGAGAUUCAGCCCGUUGCGCAUUUCCUCGAAAUUUUUUCACGUCAUUUGUCACACCUGAGUUAUUCUGUGUAUCGUACAUUGUAUUGGAAGUGCUUGUGGUUGUGAAAUAAAAUGUUUUCAACGGC